AAAAUCACUCGAACCAUUUGCAUUCGUUUCCGUUUUUUAUAGUUUCAUUCCCACAACACAAAAACCCCCAAUUUGGCCAUGGCUGCUGGAGAGGCUUUUUCUCUGCGCGUUAUUUCUUCUUCAAGUUCUAUUUGAUUGAUUGUCUUCCUAAGGGAAAAUUUCUAAUACUCCCGAGUACUGGCCACUCAGUACUACUGCCGUUCUCUGACUGCCACAUGUAUCAAUGUUUCCAGGUCAAAAAGCUUCUUCGUUCUCCUCUCCGUCUCUCCAAAACGCCGUUCCUCUCGGUUCUUUGUUUCUGAAACAAAACCACCCACCACCGAAGAGAGGAAAAGAUUAAAAUGUGUGAGGUUCAUUAUUUUGCCCUAGCAAGUAUUGUUGCUCCUUUUCCUUGCUUCCAUAGAAUGGUUUUCCAAGGGAAGUUUUUAAUCCUAAUUAUAUAUCCUAUAUUUUCCAGCAAAAGACCAUAAAAAAAGUGAUAAAUGUAUUUCAAACAGCUUCCUCCCCAACCAAAUAUUUUUCUUUUAUUUUUUUUGAAUCUGAACCAAACAGAAUUAGGAAUUGAUUAUGUUUAGGAAUUACAAAAAUGGUAAACUAAAUAUAAAAGUUAAAUCCUCAAAUACCCAAUUAUGAAAACAUAAGAAAUGAAGAGGAAAAAAACAACAAACCACAAUAAUUUUCCACUACCAACAUCAUCAAAUCAAAUCAAACACCCAUAAUUUGUUAUAUAUAUAUAUAUAUAUUUUUUUUUUUUCUAAAAUCACUUUCAACGCAGUCUUGAAAGUUUUAAACCCAUGAAGCCAUGUUCCUUGUGAUUUCACUUUAUAUCCAAUAGAGCUUCCUCAAACUCAUACUUCUCAAUCUGAUACUGCUCAGUCAAUAAAUUUCACCAUUGUUGCAAUUAAUUGCUUCGUUGCUAGCAUACGAGUCCACCGCCGCCUCGAUUUGCUUCUCAGCUUCCAUAUUCACAUCCAAAGCUACCGGAUAACAAUCCCAACCCGCUCUCUUCACUUGGAAUUUCUGUCUAAUCUUUUUUAUUUUAACCUUUUCUCCUCUUCGGUGGUGUGUUUGGUUUCAGAAACCAGCAACAUAAACAGAGACGAACGGAAUUAUGCAGGAGGAAUAAAGCAGCUUCUGACAUGGAAAAAAUAAUACAUGUGGCAGUCAAAGAAGGAUAGUAGUACUGAGUGGUCAACUACUCCGGAAGUAUUAGAAAUUUUUUCCUUCCUCAGAGUUUUUAUAUAUAUAUAUAUAUACUUAUUCUUUGGAAAAAGAAUGUGGAGAAUCUCUUCAACAAUUAAAGCAGUUUUACGGGCCAAAGGUGCAAUUCUUGAUGCCGACAACUUGCUUGAUGAAAUGGCUUUCUCAAUCUCAAGCUUUGAAAUCUAAGUUGGAAGUUGAAUCUCAGGCAAACCCAGAUCAGAAUGCAAUCCAGUCCAGGCUUCCAAUUUCAAGGUAAAGGUACAUCCAACUACAUCUAGAAAUUUCAUAUUUCUUUUCUUACUUGAAAUGAAAAAAGAAUUCACACCUUAUAAAAUGUCAACUAUGUAUUAAGAACUUUAUCUUGACCCGCCACUUCUAGUCUAUAGAUAUGAAUCUGCACCACUUAAUAUCUGUCCCCACAUCGAUACAUGAAAAGUAUAAUAAUAAUAAUAAUAAUAAAAGAAAUAGGUGUUUCAGACAAAAUUGGGGUCAAAUUCCUAAUGGUAUCAGUAAGUUCUUUGAACUUGCAUUUCAAAGGAAAAUUUAUUUUCUUUUGAAAACAGAAGCAUAUGUCUUUGAAAAGUAUUUUUUUUAUCAUACCAACCAUAUUAUUUGUAAUUAUUUGACCCCCAAAACAAUUCCCCAUUUGCAUCUGUUGCUUCUUACCUCUUUUUCAUUCUUGAUACAAGAAAGCACAAUUUAACCAUGCCUGUUGGAGAGGCUUUUCUCUCUGCCUUUCUUCAAGUUCUGUUUGAUAGGUUGGCUUCCCAUGAGUUUAUAGGCUUAUUCUGUGGGCAAAAAUAUGGUGAAUCCCUUGAACAGUUGAAGAUUACACUGGUCACUCUCACUGCUUUGCUUAAUGAUGCUGAGGAGAAGCAGUUUUAUAGCCCAACAGUGAAGAAGUGGCUGCACAUGGCUAAAGAUGCAAUCUUUGAUGCAGAGGACUUGCUUGAUGAAAUGACUUAUCAAGCUUUGAAAUCCAAAUUGGAAGCUGAAUCUCAGGCAAAUCCAGAUCAGGUAUGGAAAUGGAAACAAAUUUCUUCCUCUCUAAGUCCAUCCAGUAGAGGGUUAGAUUUCAAGUUGAGAAAGAUUAUUGAGAGGUUGGAAAUGAUUGCUAAAUAUAAAGAUGUGCUGGGUUUAAAAGAAAACAUUGGGGAGAGGUCCUUUCAUUGCAAACAGAGGUUGUUAGCUACUACUUCUUUGGUAGAUGAAUCUUGUGUUUAUGGUAGGCAUGAUGAUAAAGAGGAAAUUAUUCAACUUUUGCUUGGGGUUGAAGAGAAUAAUGGUAAUAUAGGUGUGAUUCCUAUAGUGGGUAUGGGUGGCAUUGGCAAAACUACCCUUGCUCAACUGGUAUAUAAUGAUAGAAGAGUGGAAAGUCAUUUUGACUAUAAAGUUUGGGCAUGUGUAUCCGAUCAAUUUGAUGUGGUGAAAAUAACAAAAACAAUUGUUCGUUCAAUCACUAUGAAGAAUUUUGAUCUUGAUGACUUGAAUCUCCUUCAAGUUUUUUUGAAAGAGAAUUUGAAUGGGAAGAGAUUUCUUCUCAUUUUAGAUGAUGUUUGGACCAAGAGAAAUAAUGCAUGGGAUCUCUUAUGGAAUCCAUUGAAAGUAGGGGGUAAGGGAAGUAAAAUAAUUGUAACAACACGGGAUAGCAAUGUUGCAUCAAGCGUGGGAACAGUUCCAUCACACUGUUUAAGAGGUUUGACAUAUGAAGAUUGCUGGUUAUUGUUGAUAAGUCAAGCAUUUGGGAAUAUAAAUGUUAACGUCAGUUCUAAUUUGGAGGCCAUUGGUAAGGAAAUUGUGAAAAAGUGUGGAGGCUUGCCCUUAGCUGUGAAAAGACUCGGAAUUUUAUUGCAUUCAAGAAAAGAGGAAGAUGAAUGGAAAGAUAUACUGAAUAGGAAAAUAUGGGAUUUACCAGAUGACGAAAGUGACAUCCUUCAAUCUCUAAGAUUAAGCUAUCUUCACCUUCCUGCCCAUUUAAAGCAGUGUUUUCGGUUCUGUUCUGUAUUUCCUAUAGAGCAUGAAUUCGACAAGGGCUCACUUGUUUUGCUAUGGAUGGCCGAAGGUUUUAUACUGCAACCGAAAGGAAAGAAAAGAUUGGAAGAAGUGGGAGAUGAGUAUUUCUGCGAGCUGGUAGCGAGGUCAUUCUUUGAACAAUCUGUUAACAAUAGGUCACAAUAUGUAAUGCACAGGCUUAUGAAGGAGUUGGCUGAUUUUGUUUGUGGUGAGUUUGGCUUCAGAUUGGAGGAUUACAACAAGGAUGAUAGUCAAAAAAAAAUUUCAGAAAAGGCUCGACAUUCAUCGUACAUUCGUGGAAAGCGUGAUGUACUUGCAAGAUUUGAGGCCUUUAAUGAGGUUGAGUUCUUACGCACCUUCCUCCCACUAAAUCCAGCCGGAAGCAUUGGAUCUAGCUUUUUGGCAAAUAAUGUCCCCUAUGAUCUGUUGCCAAAGUUAAGAUAUUUACGAGUAUUAUCUUUUAAUGCCUGUCGCAUUAGUGAAAUGCCAGAUUCAAUAGGAAGUUUGAAACAUUUACGAUAUCUUGACCUCUCUCACACUGCAAUUAAAGAGCUACCAGAAUCAACACAUAAUCUUUACAAUUUACAAACAUUGAUCUUAUUAGAAUGUCGCUGUCUCACAAAGUUACCUUCAAAGAUGGGAAACCUAACAAGUUUACGACAUCUGUACAUCAGUGGAAGCAGAUUAAGAGAAAUGCCAUCACAAAUAAGUGAAUUGCAGAAUCUCCAAACAUUAUCUUAUUUUGUGGUGGGUAAAGAUAGUGGGUCAGGAAUUCAAGAUUUAAGGAAAAUGACAGAGAUACAAGGGUCACUUAUAAUUGCAGGGCUGCAGAACAUUGUAAAUUUCAUAGAUGCAAUGGAGGCUAAUUUAAAGGGCAAGCAGGAACUUGAUAAGCUGGUCUUCCAAUGGAGUAAUGGUUUUGAUGGUUUGCCACAGCUUCAAGAUCUGAACGUGGCAGAUUAUACAAGCAUGGAAGUCCCUAAUUUUGGAGAAACCAUUAAUGCAUAUACACAAGACAUGAUGGAGUUAGAGUUGAAACAAAAUAGAAGUCUGGAUGAUUCAAGAGAUGAAAGAGUUGAAAUGCUCGUGCUUGAGAUGCUACAACCUCACCAAAACAUUAAAGAAGUUACAAUAAAAGAAUACGGAGGCACAAGAUUUCCAAGUUGGAUUCAAUCGUCUUUGUUCUGCAAUAUCAAAUUCUUAAAGCUUAGUAAUUGUUUAAAGUGUGAAUGCCUGCCAGCACUUGGGCAACUUCCCUCAUUGAAAGAUCUCAUUGUUGAAGGGAUGGAAAGAAUAACGACAAUAGGUUCUGAAUUCUAUGGGGAUGGACUUUUUUCUGUUCCACCUUUUCCGUCAUUGGAGACUUUAAAGUUUGAGAAUUUGUUAAACUGGGAAAAUUGGUCAUUUUCUGGGGUUGACGGCAGGGAAGGUUUUCAUUAUCUUCAGAAGAUUGAAAUACAAAACUGCCCAAAGCUAGGAAAACUAUUGCAUAGCUUCUCGGCCUUGAAAAGCAUGAUUAUCAAGGGAUGUGAAGAAUUAGUAGCUCUUCCAAGGCUUUCAACAUGCUAUGAUAGCAUUGGCAAUGGCAGAGAAUAUCCUUGCCUUGUUGAGCUUUCAUUAUGGGAGUGUCCCAACUUGAGGGAAUUACCCAUUCUCUUCCCAUCCUUGGAGAUACUGGAAAUAGAUGGAUGUCAAAACUUAACAGAGUUUCCCGAACUCCCUUUACUCCGUGAUCUAGAAUUAAAGAAUUGCAACUUGGAGGUACUACAAAAUAUACUCAAACUCACUUCACUUGCCUCUUUGCGAAUGUCUGAAAUUCCCAAGCUCAAGUGUCUGCCUGAAAAUUUUUUUCAAGAAAUGGCUACUCUUGAAGAGUUACGGAUUACCAAUCUCAGUGAGCUCGAAACUUUGUCCGAUAUGACUGGACUGCAAGACCUCUCAAACCUUGAGGGAUUAGAAAUUUCAGAAUGUCCAAUAUUAGAGGAGUUGCCACAAAGUUUUCAAAAACUUAUAUCGCUUAAAGAACUAAGAAUUUGGAGAUGUCCUUCAAUUGUAUCCUUCCCAACAACAGGCCUGCCUCCCAUGAUAAGAGGCCUUGAGAUUAAGGAUUGUGAGUCACUUCAGUCCCUACCGAACUGGAAGAAGCAUGAUGACGAUAAGUUGUCUUCAUCGCUUGAAUACUUAAUAAUUGAAGGUUGUUCUUCUCUCCAAUCUUUACCAAGAGAUGAGCUGCCCAGCACAGUCAAAGGACUUGAAAUACAAAACUGCAUAAAUUUGAUGUCCCUUCCAAGGGAGAUGAUUAACAACAACAAGUCUCUUGAACUUUUCAGAAUUGCAGGCUGUCAUUCCAUCAAGUCAUUUUCAGAAGGUACUUUCGGGCAUCCUAUACUCACAUCUAGCAUAGCCAUGAACCUUAAGAAACUAAUCAUCAACAACUGCGCCAACCUUGAGCUGCUCCCUGAAGGCCUUCACAAUCUGGGUUGUCUCAAUCACUUGGAAAUAAGUGAUUGUCCACUUCUUCAAUCAUUUCCUGGACGUGGCCUAUCAAUCUGCAUGUUGAAGUCUAUUAGAUUGUGCAACUGCAAGGCUUUGAAUUCCCUACCAAAUCGUUUAUACAGCCUCACAUGUCUUCAAGAAUUAUAUGUCGAAGGUUGUUCGAGUCUUGAGUCAUUUCCAAAUGGAGGGUUGCCUGCAAAUCUGAUGUCACUUUCGGUAUUGGGAUGUGAGAAACUGAAGCCUUCAUUUGAGUGGGGUUUGCACAGACUUACUUGUCUUACAAACCUUAUGUUUGGUGGAUGUGAAUGGCUGGUUUGUUUUCCAGAGGAUUGGUUGCUGCCUAUCAGUUUAUCCUCUCUUCAACUGCUGAAGUUACCUAAUCUUAAAACCCUUCCCAAGGGUUUGAAAAACCUCACUUCUCUUGAUAGUCUAGAAAUAUGCGAAUGCGACAACCUUCAAACUUUGCCUGAAGAAGAGCCACCUGAGAUUGUUCAAAGUUUUGAUUUUUGGGACGUACUCUAAUCCAACAUUUUUUUUUUUUUUUGGGGAGAAAUUUACUACGUAGUCGAAUCCAACAGUUUUUUAUUUUUGAGAAAUUUACUGUGACAUAUGUUUGCUCCUUCAUUUGGUGAUGUAGAAACUGAAAAUUUGAAUGCCGAUAUUUUUGUUGGAAAAUUUUCACAUCUACUGAGAAAAUGUUACAACGUAGCA